AUGGGAUGUGGAGUAUCGAGCCUAAAAGGUGAUGCCGUACCGGACUUGAACAGCAACCCCACGACCGCGCCAGCGCCAAUUAAAAAGAUAAGAACGAAUUUCUCCACCAUCGACUAUGAACAAGGCUCGCGGCAGCGGCGUAUGACAGAAUAUGCGCCGCACGAAACGCCCAAGCCAAAGACAAGCGACGAUAUGACGGGGGGGCCGCUCCUCGGACGGGCGGUUGGGUCGCUUCUUCAGAACGACCACGAUGCUGCUAACCCGUCAGGCGGCAAUAUGGAUGCCCCAUCAUCAGGCUAUCCACAUGAAGGAGCCGGUUCGAACUCGGAGCCAGCCCAGGCAAAUGGCAAUCCCGACAUGCUGUUGAAGCCGUACCAGACCUUGGACGGCGGUGAUUGGGACGAAGACGUAAACAAUGAGGCACCGCAGGUCAAUGGCACGCAGGCGGAUCCGACGUCUUCGCUCGCUAAAGACGAGUUUGCUGCGUCCAACGACCCGGCAAAUCCACGGAACCAGGAAUCAGAGCAAUUAUCCGGCCCUUCAGAUACAACGACUAGCGAGCACAAGAAAUCCUGGUUCGGGCAGAAAUACGCCUCAUUCCAAGCCGCGAAGCAAGGCCGUGGCAGUGCGCAUCUGUCAGAUGAAGAGAUUAAGAAGUAUACGGGUAAAGAUCGCGCAGAGCUGCGGCGGUGGGCGGAAACCGCACCGGGCGUAGGUGGCAAUCAAGUAGCAGGCCGCAUUGGCACGGACAGUGCGCAGGGAAUGAGCGCUCCGUAUAGCGGCAAUUGA